AUGCCGGAAUUGCCCGAGGUCGAAACCGUGCGCCGCGGGCUUGCCGCGCGCCUCGUCGGCCGGCGCAUCACCCACGUCACGGUGCGCCGCCCCGAUCUCCGCCGCCCGCUCCCGCCGGAUAUGGGGCAAGCGCUCACGGGCCGGGCGGUGCAGGGUUUUGGGCGGCGCGGCAAGUAUCUCCUGGUGCACCUCGAUAGUGGCAGCGUGCUGAUCGUUCAUCUCGGCAUGUCGGGGCGCCUCUCCAUCGAUACAGCGCCGAGCGGCGGCGCGCACGAGCACGUCGUCCUGCACUUCGACGAUGGCGCGGUGCUGCGCUACGACGACCAUCGGCGCUUCGGAUUGAUGGACCUGACGGAGGCCGCGCGGCUCGAGGAACACGAGCUGUUGCGCAGCAUGGGGCCCGAGCCGCUCGCGGCCGACUUCGAUGGGCCGGCGCUGGCGAAGCGGCUCUCCGGCAAGGACACGCCGAUCAAGGCCGCCCUACUCGAUCAGCGCGUCAUCGCCGGGCUCGGCAACAUUUACGUGUGCGAGGCGCUCUUCUACGCCGGGCUGAGCCCCAGGCGCCGCGCAGGCUCGGUGCAAGGCAAGCGCGCGGACCGGCUGGCCACAGGCGAUCCGGGACGUGCUGGAAGCGGCCAUCGCAGCCGGCGGAUCGUCGCUCCGAGACUAUGUGCAGGCGUCGGGCGAGCUCGGCUACUUUCAGCACCGCUUCGCGGUCUACGACCGGGCGGAUCUGCCCUGCCCCGGCUGCGACUGCGGGGCCGCGGUGCGUCGCAUCGUGCAGAGCGGGCGCUCGACAUUCUAUUGCGCUAA